UUCAUGUGAAAGUAUGCCAUCAGGGCAGACAUUUUACUGAAGGGGCAGUCAGAGCUGCAGGCUUUUGGAUUGUGGGAGGGAAAAGAGCAAUAAGCAAAAUGAUAUUCAACUGCGUGACUUGUCGAAAGCUAAGAGGCAGACAGCAGGAACAGAUUAUGUCUGAGCUACCAGAGGACAGGCUGUCCACUGACCCUCCUUUUAUACAUGCAGGGCUUGAUGUGUUCGGGGCUUGGCCUGUCACUGUCAGAAAAACACGUGGUGGACAGGCGGAUGCAAAGCGAUGGGCAGUCAUAUUCACGUGCAUGAGCACACGGGCCAUUCACAUUGAAGUUGUAGAAUCAAUGGACACGUCGUCAUUCAUCAAUACCCUGCGUCGGUUUUUUGCCAUUAGAGGUGCAGUCAAACUUCUUAGGUCGGAUUGUGGGUCAAAUUUUGCGAGUGCCUGCAAAGAGCUGCAAAUAGACAAACAAGGCUGCUACAACAGCAAGCUAAACAGCUUUCUUGAAGAUUCUGGCUGCAAAUGGAUUUUCAACCCCCCUCAUGUGUCGCAUAUGGCUGGCUCCUGGGAGCGCAUGAUUGGGGUCACGCGUAAAAUCCUUGAUGCGAUGCUCCUAGAACACAGGAAUGCAAAGCUUACCCAUGAAAUACUGGUGACAUUAAUGGCUGAAGUCACUGCAAUAGUGAAUGCUCGUACGUUAACAGCAGUUUCUGCAGAUCCAGAUAACCCAGUCAUCCUUACCCCUGCCAUGUUGCUCACGCAAAAGGUUGCGACUCCACCAAUCCCACCAGGUCAGUUUGACAACAGUGAUCUGUUCAAAGCCCAAUGGAGGCGCGUGCAGUACCUUGCUGAUGUCUUCAGGAGACGAUGGAAAAAAGAAUAUAUCUCAGGACUUCAGGACCGCCGCAAAUGGAAAACAGUAAAGCCUAACCUACAAACAGGAGAUAUUGUUCUUUUAAAAGAGGCACUCGACCAUAGGAACAACUGGCCACUUGGACUCAUCACCAAAACCUUUCCCAGUGAGGAUGGGCUUGUGAGGAAAAUAGAGGUGAAGAUUUUCCGCAAGGGUGUACACAGGUGUUACAUAAGGCCUAUAAGUGAGGUUGUGUUAUUGGUGUCUAAUGAUUGUACUUAAA